CAUAGGAAAGGCGCAUGGAGAUCGGCGAUUAGUCUACCGGCUUGAAGGGGGCGAGGCUUCCAGAGAAGCUGUGUUCGCCGGUGAAUUGUCCGCGCCACGUGAGAGAAGAGGAAUCGGCAGGGAAGCGGAGCGUGACGUCAGCAAGAUGCCCAGAAAACAAGAGCUGGAGGACGAGGAGGAGAAGGGGAAGGAGACAGAUAAAGUGGUGAAGAAAGGGAAAAAAGACAAAAAAGGAAAGAAAUCAUUCUUCGAGGAGCUGUCGGCAGAUAAUAAACAAGCUCAGGAGGAGGAAGCAGCAAAAGAAAGAGAAAAGGAACAGCAGCAGCAAGAGCAAAAGAAAAAAGAAAAGGAGAAGAAGAAAAAGAAUCGGAGUAAACAGAAAGGAGGGGGAAAUGAUGAUGAAGACCGGGAGAUCACCGAGAGGCUGAAGAAGCUGUCAGUACAGCCCAGCGAUGAGGAGGAUUCAGACCAUGCUCCUGCUCCAAGAAGAGGAAAAAACCUGAGUAAAAACAUCUUUGCCGCUCUUGGAGAUAAUGACAGCGAGGAGGAGAAUGAAGACGAGGAAGAAGAGCAGACGUCUAAAAAAGAUAAAGGCAAAAAAGUGAAGGUGGAAGAAGAGGAGAAAAAAACGAAUAAGAAAGGAAAGAAGAAUGAAAAAGCCAAACCGAAGCCCCCAAGUGAAGAUCUAGAAGAAAGUGAAGAAGAGGCGCCAAAAGAAAAGGCAAAAAGCAAAGUGAGUGUCUCUACCCUGGCAGAGUUAUUUCAUUGUCCUAGCAACAUAACUGUUAAAAAGAUCAAUUCUGUGGCUACUACAACUCUGAUUGGCUCACACUCAUUGCUACUCACUUAUGUUUCACAGGAAGAAGAGGAGAAAAAGCCAAAUAAGAAGGGAAAGAAAAAUGAAAAGGCCAAACCAAAGCCCCCAAGUGAAGAUCUAGAAGAAAGUGAAGAAGAGGUGCCAAAAGAAAAAUCUAAAGGCAAAAAACCUCCUCCUAAGGCUCCGGAAAAGGUUGAAAAAGUUGAGGAAGAAAAGAAGUCCAAAAAGGGCAACAAAAAGACAAAACCGACACCGAAUCCAAGUCGGUUUAGUGCUCUGGAUGAUGAUGAUGACGAUGCAGGCAGUGCUGGCUCACAGCAAGGGUCUGGGGAUGAGGAAGAUGCAGAAGAAAAGACACCAGCUGAUGAUCCUUUUGCCAAUCUAAGCAAGAAAGAGAAAAAGAAGAUAAAGAAGCAGAUGGAUUAUGAGAAGCAGGUGGCAUCAAUGAAAAAGGCAACAGCAGCAGAGAACGAUUUCUCAGUUUCACAAGCAGAACUGUCAUCACGCCAAGCCAUGCUAGAGAAUGCCUCCGACAUCAAGUUGGAGAAGUUCAGUAUCUCUGCCCAUGGAAAGGAGCUGUUUGUGAAUGCCGACUUGUUAGUAGUUGCUGGUCGGCGCUACGGCUUGGUGGGACCUAACGGCAAAGGAAAAACAACUCUGCUAAAACAUAUUGCCAACCGUGCCCUAAACAUUCCCCCCAAUAUUGACGUUCUUCUCUGUGAGCAAGAGGUUAUCGCUGAUGAAACACCGGCUGUCCAAGCUGUCCUUAAGGCCGACACAAAGCGCCUGAAGUUGUUGGAACAGGAAAAGAAGCUGCAAGCUCGCCUGGAGAAGGGAGAUGACAGCGCAGGGGAGAGGCUGGAGAAGGUCUACGAGGAAUUACGAGCCACAGGAGCUGCCUCAGCAGAAGCUAAAGCCCGCAGGAUUCUGGCCGGUCUGAGUUUCACUCCGGAGAUGCAGGAUCGAGAGACGCGGAGGUUCAGCGGAGGCUGGAGGAUGAGAGUGUCACUGGCCAGGGCUCUCUUCAUGGAACCGACCCUCCUUAUGUUGGAUGAACCAACCAAUCACUUGGACCUCAACGCUGUCAUCUGGCUUAACAAUUACCUGCAGGGCUGGAAGAAAACUCUCCUCGUUGUCUCCCACGACCAGGGCUUCCUGGAUGACGUGUGUACGGACAUAAUGCAUCUCGAUCAGCAGAAACUCUAUUAUUACCGAGGCAACUACAUGGCAUUUAAGAAGAUGUACCUGCAGAAACAGAAGGAGAUGCUGAAACAGUAUGAGAAGCAGGAAAAGAAACUGAAGGAUCUGAAGGCAGGAGGGAAAUCUAACAAGCAGGCGGUGAAACAGACGAAGGAUGCUUUGACUCGGAAGCAGCAGAAAUGUCAGAAGAAGAAUACUGAUGAUGAUGCCCAUGAUCCAGCUGAGCUACUGAAGAGACCGAAAGAGUACACCGUGAAAUUCACCUUCCCCAACCCUCCAUCGCUGAGCCCUCCUAUCCUGGGCCUGCAUGGUGUUGAUUUUGCCUAUUCAGGACAGAAGCCUUUGUUUAAAAAUCUGGAAUUUGGCAUAGACAUGGAUUCUCGAAUCUGUAUUGUUGGCCCAAAUGGUGUGGGAAAAAGUACUUUGCUGUUACUUCUAACUGGAAGACUCCCGCCUACAAAGGGGGAAAUGAGGAAGAACCAUAGAUUGAAAAUUGGGUUCUUUAAUCAGCAAUAUGCAGACCAGCUGACCAUGGAGGAGACCGCGACUGAAUAUCUUCAGCGUAACUUCAAUCUGCCUUACCAGGAUGCCCGGAAAUGCCUGGGAAGGUUCGGUUUGGAGAGCCAUGCUCAUACCAUCCAGAUCUGCAAGUUGUCAGGAGGGCAGAAAGCCCGAGUAGUGUUUGCGGAGUUGUGUUGCCGGGAGCCAGAUGUCCUUAUUUUGGAUGAACCCACAAAUAACUUGGACAUUGAAUCCAUUGACGCUUUGGCUGAAGCCGUGAAUGAAUAUAAAGGAGCGGUAAUCACAGUCAGCCACGAUGCCCGUCUCAUUACAGAGACGAACUGCCAGCUGUGGGUAGUGGAAGAAAAAACUGUGAACCAGAUAGAAGGCGACUUUGAUGACUACAAGCGGGAGGUCCUGGAGAGCUUGGGUGAGGUGGUCAUCAACAAGGUGGUUAAAGAAAAGGACAAGGACAAGGAGUGACAUGGACUGAUGGUGAAUAGAGUGCCGCAAGUCGGGGAGUGAAGGACCCCCCCCCCCCCCCUACAAUGGACUCACCUGGACCUAAGAAAAUUAUGAGGAAAUCUGUUUUUAUUCCAUCCUGCUGCCUUGUUAUUGAGGAAAAUGCAAAUAAAUAUUUAUAUAUUGGCUGAAAA